GAACGUCGUGUGGUGUGGAUGGUGUCGUUGCGCGCCGUAACGCGCGAAUGUAACGGGAUUAAGGAGAGCUCGCGCGGAGUAUAUCGCGCCGUGAUCUCUUCGCCGCCGCAACGGGGAAAUUAUGUCGACUCGGAGAGAUGGGUAAUUUGUCGACGCUACUAGUGAAGUUCGGUGCCGCGUUCCUCCUCGCCUGUCACGCGGAUUACAGCCUGGCCCAGGACAACGCGUCGGCCAUAGAAUGCAUCGAAUCCGAGACGGGAUGCAGGAGGUGCAGGGACGGGACGUGCGCCAGAUGCGCCGUGCUGUUGCACCAGGGUACCUGCGUGCAUACCUGCCCACCGGGCUUCGUCGCCGACUGGUCCACCCGGGACGAGUACAUGGGCCGUAUCUGCCGGGAGACCGGCUACAUGUUCGGCCUCACCGGUAGCCAGGUCGCUAUUUUGGUGGGGGUGGUCUCCGGCGCGACUAUUUGCAUCUUCAUCAUCCUCUGCGGCGCGAUAGUCGUGCACCGGCGCAAGAAGAAGGCGGCGAAGCUGGCCCAGCAGUUCGAGGACAGCGCGGAGAGGAGAGAGUUUCUGAAACACCUGGCGACGCUCCGCGGUGAGGCCAAUACUUUCCUCGCUAUGCUCAACGACACCAGAAGACAGGUCAGGGAGUUGUACUACUCGGGAAGUAACGGAGACGGUGCCGUCGGAAUCCAGGCGUACAGACCAGUGCUACGUGACCUGGCGAGAAUACUGGUCCUCGUGAACAGAAGAGACGAUGAGAUACCACUUCCGCCCGAUGAUUGGCAACGACUGUUCUCGUGGGCAGAGCGGCUGCUGAGACGAUACAAAAGGCACAGUUCUCCAGAAGUGGCUCAGCUCGUGACGUUCCUGCAGCAGCCGUCGAGCAACCCCGUCCAAAUGACCUCGUCACCGGCACCUCAACCGGUCGCAGCGUCGCAACCGCCGCUUCACCAGCCCACGUACGAACCGAGAAGCACCCCCACUAAUCUCACCACAUUCCAAGCGAACGUGCCGCUCGCGACGUUCCAAGCGAGCGACAAGUCGAGCAUCAGCCCGGCGAGCUCGAGCCUCGGCUACACGAAGGACAGCAGCCCCCUCGGCUCGAGUCUGGGCCAGAACAGCGCUUCCGGCGUCUACAACAGCGAGAAGCUCAGCCCGAACGGCUCGACGAUCGGCCAAACGACACCCCUCGUCUACGGGAGUAAUCUGAAGCGAGGGAGCUCGAGGACGACGAGCGACUCGCAUCUCCAGGAGCUGCAGACCAUCUCUGCGUUCAGUCGCGGCUACAACGGCGCGCUGCCCUUGGAGGCCAACAGCAUCCGCGCGUUGCACGACGAGUGCGAGGUCAACGACGGCCUGGACCGCGACCUGAAUCCCCAAUGGAAGUUUCAGAGCAGCCCCGUGGAGGCGGCCAAUUACACCAUCCUGUCGGACUGGUCGCCCGCUCGCGACUAUCUCAUCGACGACUUCACGAUCCUCGGUUUUCGGCCGCAGGACGAGAUCACCACGGAAUUGUAAUAUCGACUGAUAGUGAUACAUAUCUAAACAAGACUUCUAAAGGGAGGGGGGUUACAAAUGCUCGAAGUGUUCCAAAUAUCAUCGUUUAGACAAUAUUUCGAAAGUCCUUAACAAUCUUCUUUAACAAUCCCGUGAUGGUAUUUUGUUAUUGCAUUAACGAUAUUUGUCAAGUGUGUUACUCGUGGGAAAAGGAUCGUAAUGAUGAAAUUAUAUAAUUUGGGCAAUCUAUGCGUGUUACUCGAUAAUAUUGACGUAUAUUAGGUUUGUUUUUUAUUGCUGCAUUAGAACUUUCUAUCUCAUUUUCGACAAAUUUCAAAUGUCUAUUUUAUUUUAAGUAAGAGUGUGUACACACCAGUUCAGCUAUAAAAAAAACAAACAGAUGAUAAUAUCGAUAAUUAGGAUAAAUAAUCAAUAAUAAAUGAUCCUAUGGGCAAUAUUGAGACACAGACAAAUUUCGUUAAAAGUUCGAAGAACUCUCAUUAAACCGCUAUGAAAGAAAUCCCAUACAGCACAGAUCGUUGAGAGAAUGCCGAGACGUUGCGUUAUUGAAUGUUGAAGUGUGAAUGUUGCUGCAACAUUGGAAUUAUAAUUUUUUGAAAAUCAUACAAGGACUGUAAUUCGUAAUUCUUGUUUGAUGAUUACAUAAUAUACAUUAUAUUAUGUAUUUACUAAAAAAAAAGUAUUGUAUUUUAUUAUUUAAUAUUUAUCUAGAUGUAUGAAGUACAUUUUAAGAAGCCAGAAUACAUAUAUAAUAUACAUGAAAUCUAUAUUGCAUAUAUAUUGAAUGAAUGUUGAAUCAAUGUUUCUGAAUGUUGAAUUGCAGGGUUUGCAAGACAUUACAAUUGAACGCAAUGUCUUUUUCAUUAUUAAGUAUAUAUAUUUCGCAAUGUUGCAAUUUAACGUUUGAAUGAGAUGUUGAGUCAAUAUUUGUGUGCUGUAUGGGAAUAAGUAUGUAAAAAUAUGUUGCCGCGGUAAAUCUGGGUAAACUUGGAGUUCUUCAUUGUUUUCUUUAGGACAAUCUAACGUGAAAUGUUGAGUAUUAAUGAUACAUUUUCAUAAAAUUUCGUUGAAUUCUUGCAAAAUUGUAUUUAUGUUCUAAAUAUUGUGUCAUUUUACGAAAAUAAUAUCUUUAAUUUGAUACACAUAUCAAGUACACUGUGCAAUAGAAAAAGAUACAAUGAUACCAAAUUUUAAAUGCUUUGUAUAAAUAUUGGCCUUUAUUUAAUUACUCUGUACACGUCUAACAACAAUUAUUUUAUAUUAUAUAGUGUACUAGUCAAUGUUUCUGUUUGUUCAUAUCGAAAUAUUGAAGCGCGCAUCUUUGUGGCUUUCAUAUUUAUUUGUUUGCUUCUCACUUACAUUUACGUAAUUAUGUAAUUGAUUCUGAAUUUUUGUUCUCGUGACAAAUUUAUAAUUGUACAAAUUUGUGUAUCAAUGAAUCACAAUAUCAUCUCAUUUGCGAUAAUGCGCACUUAUUAACGUUCAUUGUACACUGCGUUUUAAGAACUCACAUUCCACUCAAGUUGCCAUAACAACAUAAACUUGACAACAAAGUGGGAAAAAGCGAAUCUUACAGCUGCAGUUUUAUUCAUAUAAACAAAUACGAAUAAACAUGUUACACACACAUACAUACACACACACACACUUGAGUUGAACGUGUCAUUAUAUAUAUGUAUGACCCACUGGUCAACCUGUACAAAUUGAUGUAAAUACUGAUUACUAUUUUUUAGUAAUAAAUGUAAGAAAGUAUCAAAUA